GCCGCGGUGCAUGCCGGUCCGUGCAGGGUGACAGCGGGGACGUCAGAGAGAAUCUUCUCCAUCACAGCAGGAAGCCGGCAGGAAGCGAGGCCUCCAAUCCGGCCCUUCCUGUGCGAUAAGCGGCUCAGCUGCAUCCCGAGCAUCCGGGGAGGAAGGGGAGAGCCAUGGAUAAAGUGCCGGGGCUGGAGACGGCGAGCGGAGGAGGCGGCACCGCCGGAGCAUCUGCCGCUAGGAAGCCUCCGCGACCCGCGGCUCCGCCGUCACUGCCCGGCUCCCGGCAGGCCAGCGUGGAGACCCUCGACAGUCCUACUGGAUCACACGUUGAAUGGUGCAAGCAGCUGAUUGCAGCCACAAUAUCCAGUCAGAUUUCCGGUUCAGUGCCCCCCGAAAAUGUUUCUCGAGAUUACAGGGUCUACAAGAGGCCCGAUACAAGGGCUUUGAGAGAUGGGAACAAGCUGGCACAGAUGGAGGAGGCACCGCUUUUCCCUGGAGAGUCUAUCAAGGCCAUUGCUAAGGAUGUCAUGUAUAUCUGUCCAUUUUGGGGGGCCGUGAGUGGGACACUAACAGUAACGGAUUUCAAGAUGUACUUCAAAAAUGUUGAAAGGGACCCUCCGUUCAUCCUUGAUGUACCUCUGAGUGUUAUCAGCCGAGUGGAGAAGAUUGGAGUUCAAAGCCAAGGCAGUAACUCCUGUGGUAUAGAGAUCGUUUGCAAGGAUAUGAGGAACUUGCGGCUAGCGUACAAGCAGGAAGAGCAGAGCAAACUGGAAAUCUUUGAAAAUCUUAUAAAGAAUGCAUUUCCUGUUUCCAAUGGGAUGCCGCUGUUUGCUUUCAGCUAUAAAGAAAAGUUCUCUGUAAAUGGCUGGAAAGUUUACGACCCUGCAGCAGAAUACAAGAGACAGGGUUUGCCCAAUGAAAGCUGGAAAAUCUCCAAGAUCAACAGUACCUAUGAGCUGUGUGACACGUACCCGGCAGUGUUUGUCGUCCCCACGAGUGUAGCAGAUGAUGAUCUGACCAGGGUGGGCGCAUUUAGAGCCAAAGGGCGCAUUCCGGUUUUGUCAUGGAUUCACCCAGAAAGCCAGGCAACCAUCACCCGUUGCAGCCAGCCUUUAGUGGGGCCCAAUGACAAGAGAUGUAAAGAGGAUGAGAAGUAUUUACAGACUAUCAUGGAUGCCAACGCUCAGUCACACAAACUUAUUAUAUUUGAUGCCAGACAGAACAGCGUGGCAGAUACUAACAAGGCUAAAGGAGGGGGAUACGAGGGUGAAACCGCUUAUCCCAAUGCUGAGCUCAUUUUUCUGGAGAUUCACAACAUCCAUGUCAUGAGGGAAUCUCUGCGUAAGCUGAAGGAGAUUGUGUAUCCAGCCAUUGAUGAGGCUCGCUGGCUGACCAACGUGGAUGGAACGCACUGGCUCGAGUAUAUCCGGAUGCUCCUGGCCGGUUCUGUGAGGAUUGCAGACAGGGUUGAAUCAAGCAAGACCUCGGUUGUGGUUCACUGCAGCGACGGCUGGGACCGGACGGCACAGCUCACAUCCCUGGCAAUGCUAAUGCUGGACAGCUAUUACAGGACUAUCAAGGGCUUUGAAGUUCUGAUCGAGAAGGAAUGGAUAAGCUUCGGCCACAGGUUUGCUAUGAGAGUGGGCCAUGGGGAGGAUAAUCACGCAGAUGCAGACCGCUCCCCAAUUUUUCUUCAGUUCAUUGACUGUGUAUGGCAGAUGACGAAUCAGUUUCCCGCAGCCUUUGAAUUUAAUGAGCUUUUCCUCGUCACCAUUCUGGACCAUCUCUACAGCUGCUUGUUUGGCACAUUUUUAUACAAUAGUGAGCAGCAGAGAAUGAAAGAGGAGGUGCAGACAAAGACAAUAUCUUUAUGGUCGUACAUUAAUAGCCAUGUGGAUGAGUUUACAAACCCUUUCUAUGUGAAUUAUGAGCACCAUGUGCUGUAUCCGGUCGCCAGUAUGAGCCACCUGGAACUGUGGGUGAAUUACUACAUUAGGUGGAAUCCAAGGACCAGACCUCAGAUGCCAAUUCACCAGAGCCUAAAGGAUCUCUUGGCUAUUCGAGCAGAACUACAGAAGAAAGUAGAAGAACUUCAGCGUGAAGCGGCAACCAGAUCGGUCUCCUCGUCAUCUGACCGAGGAUCUUCCCCUUCGCAUUCUGCGACGCCUGUACACACCGCUGUCUGAUGGGCAACGAAUGGUGAGAGGCACAGCAUGGAGACAUGUACUGGCAAUCUGCCGAGUGCCUUCUAACAUCUGCUGCGUAUGAAGAAAUAUCACGUUGGGCACCAAGGCAUCAGUGCAAUUCUUUUCUGGGUGUUUCACCCUCUGCAAACAUUUCAGAAGGAAACCACAAUCAGGACUAAAGGCUGGAAGCCAUUCCGCUCUCUCCUCCAGAUUUGAAGGAUUUGUACAUAGGCUCAUGCCAUUCAAUAUUGUUUACAGGCCGUGCUCGUCAGCUGUUACAGUGGAAAGUGUUUCCCAGGUGUCUCUAUGUUGAUAGUAGUCGUCCCCGAGGUUUACAUACAUUUAUUUUAUAUUGUAUUUUUAUCCUUAGAAAAAUGAAUCUGACGUCACUUGUAGCCAGCAACUGCUGUGGCGGACAUUUCAUACAAGGCUCGUUUUAAGUUAUCUCUAUGAAAGGAUCCAGGCCUGGAAGAGAUGGCAUUUUUAGGUAUCAUAUGAACUGACAAUGUAAUUUAAAUCCCAUAUUACUCCUAUUUAAAAAGUAAUGUAACGCACCUGAUGCCAUGUAAAGCUUACCGAACAAUGAAUGGGCAUAACCACAUGUAAGUUAUCCUGUUGCACCUAAGUAUGUAUUUGUAUAGUGUUUUUACCUCAGAAAACAUGAAUUUUUAUUCACCGUU